GAGGAGGAAGACUACCAUGAUGCCCUUGGCCAACAGCCGACCAUGAAGGAACGCCGCGAGUCGACAGCCAGCGCCAGUACUGCGACGGCAAGGAGUUUUCGCGAACUGCACCGUAAAUACUCUACCGCGCAGGCUCAUAAGACACCAUCGCAUGGAGGUCGUCGUACACCGCUGCCGGCGAUCGAGACUCAGUUUGGAGACGAAGAGGAGGCAGAGGCUGGAGAACUGCAGAUGGACGAAGAUCGGUCACCGUUGUCUGGGCCAAUCGCGUCGAGACUUGUGUCCCCGAAGAGUCCUGCAACCAGGUCAACAGCGUCUCCCUUGGAAGAGCAUGCCGGCGAGAGCGCCGACUCGCAACAGCGACAGAAGCUGUCAGGUCCGCAUGUCCAGUCGGUCAAGGCUUAGAGGACCCAAAUCCGCCGCAAUUCAUGGAACAUCAGACAGCGCCUGAAGCGUGUCUCUCCAGACCUCAAUGGUUUGCUAGACACCAUCAUCAUGCGCAGAAGCAGCGACCUGACCGGCAGCGCGACUCCGAUCUUACAUGCAGGGUUUCAAGCUCGUCAAGGUAUUCGACACGUUGAGGCUGAUUGGCCCAUUAUUCUGAGGAGGAGGAGUCAGGCAGCGCAACUGUGCCAAAAGUUGACUAUGAGUACGAAUGACUCGAAGGGGCGAAUGGCUUGGCAAGGAAAGCAAAAGCACUCAAGACUUCGAGAGGGCGGUACCAGGGUACAACAGGGUUACGGAAACAUGGGACAGGCAUGACCGUGUGCAAUUUAUGUAAUAUCU